CGCCUGCAAUCGGGACCUUUUCCAGGUGGAGCCUGGCUUUGUCGACAGACAGUAGGAUCCUGGUUGUUUCCUGACAGCUGGAGAGGCCAGGCGUCUCCCAAGGCCUUCCAUUUCACUGACUGGCCAUGCUGACCUGCUCCUUGGCGUCCACUGCCCCUAUUCCCACGCUGUUUGGCAUCCUGCUCCUGGCUGUUUCUCUGAAUGCGCAGAAUAAAAGCUGGGACAACCCCGUGUGCACCAGCGGCACCCUGUCUGUGCCUAGAGGCAGCCGCGCGGUGAUGAGCUGUGGCAUCUCUAACCUCUUCAAGGAUGUCACUGUCUGGCUGAUUGCCCAUGGAGAGGAAAGGACCAUCUUCAACAAGACGCGCCAAGGAUGCUUCUCUCAGAGCGGGUGGGAGCUCCGGGUUCAAGGGGGCCAGGCACAGCUCGUGAUCGAAGACACCCAGGACGUCCACGCAGGCCUGUACCUGUGGGGCCUGCAUGGGCGCCAGAGAUAUUACAGCAACGUCACCCUGAGUGUUUCAGAGCCUUCACACGAGGACGAGGUGACUGACGUGAGGGUGUCCGAAGCCUCCACAGAAGAUCCAGCCAUGAGCUCUCAGCUAGAGGCCCGGCCUAAGACCGUUGUGGGAAUAGUGAUUACCGCCAUCUUGAUCUUGGGACUCGCAGGGAUCAGCGCACUUGUCUGCUACAGGCACCAUUGUUCCUGGGAGCCCUCGUGGAUGAGGCGGUUCUGACACUGUGGCCAGAGGAAGCUGAGGGGAGCAGCCUGCAGAGCUGAUUCCAGAGAGAGGCCGCCGGUGUGGGCUCCUCGUGUUCGUGCCCUCGGAGGCUGCUCCGACCUUCGGGAAGCCAAAUGCUGUGGAGUCAUUAUUAUACGCUGGGCAGAGCACAGAAGGCCUUUCCUGAGGGCUGAGGAGGCGACUCACUGAGGAAGGCUAUCUGGGCAGGUCUUGGUCACGUGAACAAGAGUACAACCUCCUGACCAUGGUCUUCAUCAGAUCUCCUAGCUCUUUCCGAAAUGGGGGUCUCCAAGCUGCACGGUUCUUGACUCUCAGCACCCCCACCUUUGGCUCCUACAAAGCCUGGCCUCCCUCUCUUCUGCUGAGCCUCUGAGGUCUACUACUAAAGAUCUCCUGUACAAGGCUCAGGCUGCACCAAGAUUUGCUUCAAGUAGAACAUGGGCCCACAGCUGCUUUCUCACUCACAGUAGUAAGUUUGGGAAACCCAGAUGUUGGGUUCCAGGGGCCAAAAUAGGGAGGAGAGGUCUAAGAUGGAUCACCAGCCCACUCCUUCCACUGGAAGGCAGAGUGCCCUCAGAGACGGGUCUAUAAGGGUGUCGGGGUGCCGCUUGGCAGGCAUUGUUCUGGGGAACUCCCUGGGCCUCCCUUCAGCAGACCCCAGCCCUAGCUCCUUUGAUUCAGAUCCACUACCCCUGUUCUUUCUGACCUUUUGUCUUGAUUACAAUGUUGUUUUUCCUUUUAUAGAGAUUUAAAAAAGGAAUUUUUGUAGAAAUCUCAUACUUAGUUUACUUUUAAUUUAUCACAUUUGCAAAGGAAGUGCUUUACGGCCAUCUCCUCACUGUCCCGUUCUCUUCCUCCCAAGAACCUUGGGUAAGGACCUUGGGUAAGUAACCUUGUUACUGGCAGCUCACCAGACCUUCAGCCCAGUCAGCUGAAAGUCUUUAUUUCAGAGGGCUGGGGCCACACCAGGUAUUUGGGAACUUAGGUGUGGCCCCGGGUGUCCAGAACACAGGGUUUUUACAGGCAGAGACCACACAUUGGCAUCUCUUGGCAGCUGCAGAGGCUUCACAGAAGUAAGCAGUUCGAAGCGAGCAGUUUUAACAAGCUAAACAAGCAGUUAAGCGGAGGGAGUCCUUACAAACAGUUGAUCUAACAGAUGCCAAGGAAAGUAGUUAGCUGGAUGGGGUUUCGUACAAGCAACCAGGGUCCCAGCACGUCCUGACCUUGGGUUCAGGCCACCUGCAAAAACAGUUGUUAGUCAAAAGCAUAAACAUCUACCAGCAACCUCACCCACUGGUCCCUGAGUGAAACCGAGGCCAGGCAUGCUGCCUGCUGCCUGUGGCCUCCGGGGCAAGCCCACAUGAGACUGCAGCCUGUGCCCAGAAGGCUUCUCAGGUCAAAGGAAGGUGAUCCACAGCACUGCAAUGCCUGCUGGUAAGGCCCUGUGUUAGUUACUUUCCUUGUUGGAACAAUAUACCAGAAGCAAGCAACUUAGGGAAGAAAGGGUUAUCUUUGUUUCAGUUUUGAGGACACAGUCUGUCACAGCGGGACAGGCAUGGCAGGGAGUGGGAAGCAGCUGGAAGUACUGUGUUCACAGCCAGGAAGCAGAGACACCCAAUGUGUGUGUUUGCUCUCUGUGUCUCUCUCUGUCUCUGUGUGUGUGUGUGUAUCUUUGCCUCUCUGUGUCUCUGUCUCUCUCAGUUUUUUCUUUUUUUUUUUUAAGAUUUAUUUAUUUAUUAUGUGUACAGUGUUCUGCCUGCAUGUACACCUGUACACCAGAAGAGGGCACCAGAUCUCACUAUAGAUGGUUGUGAGCCACCACGUGGUUGCUGGGAGUUGAACUCAGGACCUUUAGAAGAAUAGCUGGUGCUCGUAACCUCUGAGCCAUCCCUCUAGCCCCACCACGUACUUUCCAAACCAGUCAAGUGUGGUGAUGCAUAAUGCUCCAUCAAAGUCAGUUCUGAGCCUCUGCUGAGAUGGGAAACCUUCAAAGCUGGUGAAGUCCCUCUGCCCCUGCAGCUACAGCAACCCUAGAAAGAAACUGAGUCAGAGGCUUCAACGCUCUCACUCCCUGUGGCUUGUCUUCUCAGGUUCUCUCUGCUGGGAAGUGAGUGAGUGCCAGCCCUGAAGAGCCUUGGUCCUGCACAGUGACACACACCAACUGUCAUUAGCAAGAGAAGCCCACAGGAAACUCCAUGACAUACAUGCUCUUCCUGCUCUCCUGCGGUCAGGGCCAGCAGGGGCUUUGACCCUGGGUCCAGACCCUCAUCCUAGGAGAAUGGCCUCUCUUGUGGUGUCUCCUGGCUGUCCCUUGUCCAGAUGAACUUCCUUCGUGAUUCCUAGGGCAGUCACAGCCUGGGGCGUCUUCAGGCCAAAGCCAGGUCUUGUCAAUCAAGCCAGUGUUCAGUUCAGGAGACACUGCAGGUGUGAGAAUAUAACUCAGACCUAGAGGAAAAGACCCUGAAGACAGAGCUCCUGACUGGAGAGUCCUCAGUGCAGUCUGACCCCUACUCUACCCUCUGGAGGUCUUUCCUCCUGCUCUAACCCCGAGGCUCACUAACUCUCCAUCAGCAACGGCCCAGGUCAGUCCACACGGGCUGGGAAGUACUCUGUUGGCCGCCUGGAUGAGGAGGCACCUGUAGAACUCAGCUUCCCAAGGAGAAAACACACAUGCGGCCCAAGGAUGAGAGCCAAAUCCACCGAUGGCCCUGUGUGCAACCAUGGAGUCACACAUGCAGCCCAACAAGCACGAAAGACAAAGGGAUGGUUGGAAAGAUGUCUCCGUCAGUAAAGGGACCACUUUGCCAAAAUGAGGACCCAAGUGUAAAAGUGGAGCGUGAUGUGGGCAGUUAUAGUCCCAGCACCAAGAAGGUGGAGGCAGGAGGCUCCCUGGACUCCCUGGCCAGCCAGGCCAGCCCACCUGAAUCCAGGCCAGUGAGAGACCCCGCCUCAAAAAGGUGGGUGGUGUGCAAGGUAGGACUCUUGUUGUCUUACACACACACACAUACAUACACACACACACACACGCAUGCACACUUUGCAGCUGAGAGGCCACCUCACUUAUAUUUCCCCUAGAGCCAAGGAUCAUCUGAGGCGAGGAGAUAAAAUAACAGGAUAGAGGAGGAAUGAACUGAGGAAGAAAAGCAGGGAUCAGAAGAGAGGAGGACCCAGGGACCUGAUAGAAAGAGCAGCCCAGGGUCCCAGUGAGGGUCCGCUGGCUCCGGGACCUCACCCUCCCAACAGGCGCUUCCUACUCUUGCUUUCAACUUUGAUAAAUGUUUGCCUUCACCUUU